AUGCCUCCAUCAAAGGCAGCCAAGGGCGAAUACAUUGAGACCGACACCGGAAACAAAAUCUCCCGUCGAUCACAAAUCCACGGCACACAGCACAUAGUUCUCGGCGGCAAAACCGUAAUCCAAGCCGAAGCCGUCAUCCGCGGCGACCUAUCCCUAUCUCGGCCCGCCACCACAUCCAAUGACGCGAACAACCCAAGCACACCAACACAGGCACAAAACCCCAACACGCCCAGCGUCGCAGUGAAUGUUGGCCGAUACACGUAUAUCUCCAAGAGCGCGAUCCUGCGGCCGCCGAGCAAGGUGAUGGGCGGCAUGCAUGUGUUUACUCAGCUGCGGAUCGGGGAACAUUGUUUUGUUGGCGAGGGGGCUAUUGUUGAGGCUGGGUCUGUGGGGAGUCAUGUGCAUAUUGGGAAGGGGGCUGUUAUAGGCAGUUUGGUUAUCAUUAAGGAUUAUGCUUGGGUGCUUGAUGAUGCAGUUGUGCCGGCUGGAAUGGUUGUGCCGAGUUGGUGUGUUGUUGGGGGGAGACCGGCGAGGAUUGUUGGUGAGGUUGGGGAGGGGUAUGGUGUUGAGGGUGCUGAGGGGGGUAUGAUGAGGGAGAUGUAUCGGGUUGUUGGACGGCCCUGA